AUCAUAUAUAUUAUAUGUCGUCAAGCCGUAGGAAACGUACAUUGGUCACUGCAUCUGAUAUUAGACAAUUUGAAGGUAAACGGAUACAGUGCUUGAACUCAAUACUCUGUACAAUAACUUGACUAUCCUCUGCCACACGCUCGACACGACUUCAACGCCUGGCUGGAGACAUCGUACGUCAAUAUGGGCGACUCAUCUGUCAUGGAAGAUCCGGUCAGGCUGCCUACUGCCGAUCUCGUCACUGUCGACCACCAUAGUUCAUUACUACUGCCGCUCUCGCGGAGAGGAUAUGGGCCCGGACUCAUUAUCGUCCUCCCCGAAGAUGCACCAACAUACACGCAAGGCGGCAUCGUGUGCGAGGAUGGCAUCCCUCCGCCCAUCUUGAAGUGGGCAGAGGAAGGCUUUGCGGUCGUUGAGAUUCGAGAGAGCGCAUUCAAAGCUACAGCUGCAGCGCAAGAAGCCUUUGCUAAAGCCGCUGCCGCCCUCGAGUCCUGCAAGGCUUGCCCUGACGGAAGCGGAGUCGGACUAGUUGUUUACGACGCUUCAUUAUGGGACAAAGACAUCAAAGACAUCACGUUCGAUUCAAGGAUAAAAGCGGCUGUCAUCUACGGCAAUGCUACAGAAAAGCUACCAACGGCAGCAUCCAUACCAUGUCUCUACCACCUCGCCGGUAAGGGCACCAUCCCGAAAAGUACCGAUGACAUAAAAAUGUACUCUUACCCAACAGCCAAGGCAAACUUCGCCAUCCCGUGCCAAGCAGACUUCGACAGCACGGAAGAAUCAGUCUCGCACACACGAAAUCUCACCUUUCUGAAGAAGUACAUCCGCGGAGCCGACUUCGACCUCGAAGCCAUCUGGGAGGAACACACGUACUUCGAAUUUGCCGAUCGAUCUGCAGCAAAGACGAUGGGGACGAUGGUCCAGGAACCAUACGUCAACCAUAUCACGACAAUGACCGGCGGCAUAGGUCGCGUGCGACUGACGAAGUUCUACCAAAAUAACUUCAUUCACAAUAAUCCAGACGACACGGAGAUGCAACUCGUCAGCCGCACGAUUGGUAUAGAUCGCGUGGUGGACGAAUUUAUAUUCAAGUUCACGCACGAUAGGGAGAUGGAUUGGAUGAUUCCUGGCAUUCCUCCGACAGGACGGAGGGUGGAAGUCCCUUUUACGGCGGUGGUUUGCAUUCGUGGCGACAGAUUGUACCAUGAGCACAUCGCGUGGGAUCAGGCGUCAGUGCUGAUACAGCUUGGUCUAAUGCCCGAAUACUUGCCAUUUCCUUACCCGUUGCCUGACGGCAAGAGUGCAGCGUCUGGGAAGAGAUUUGAGUACCGCGUCCCUGCGGCUGGUAUCGACAUUUCGACGAAGAUGCUCGACAAGAACAGUUUGCCGUCAAAUAGCAUGUUUGAGUAUCAGCUGCGAGAAGUGGACGCUUAAUUGAGUAUACUCAGUUCAAAGUCACGUAUAUUCACUGGCCUGUUGCAAAU